GCAGACGGCGGCCGCAUGAACGACGUUCAAAUGUAGCAGCUACCUAUCUACCAUUGUUUUGGUGAAGAGACGAUUAUAUUCUUAUGUGGCAAUGAUUUCACCCAGUGUGUUGACAGCAUCGUCUGCGGCAGCGUGAUUUAAACUGAUGUAUAUAGGUAAAGUAAAGACCUAAAGUAAAGUGAGACAAUGAUUCCAUUUUAGCAAACAGGGACAUGUCUUCAGGAUUCUUCUAAGUAAAGUCGAUAAAAGGUUAAGUAAUCACCUCAACACUGAUAUAUUCACAAAAGCAAAAGCAAAUACGAAAGUGAUCUCUCUGAGGUAAAAGGCACCAUUCACGGAUUUUCUCUCUCCAUUGGACACGGAUAUAAGAGCGUCUGAUUCAGUUCAGUCACGAUAUCUGACUGAGUUUAUGUUUGCAUUGUAAAAGAUUCACCUUCUUCCAAGUCACGCCAAACCCUUACCAUCAACAACAAAGGAUAUUGCUGGCAUCGUGGGUUGAAGGAUUUGGAAAACUAUUUGAUCAUUUCAAGACUGCCACUUCUCAACACGGCACUGAUCAAUAAUAUAUUCCCGUCGUAUACCAUACGACAGAAAAAACGACGGUAUUUAGUCAGAUCCAACAGUGCUCCACAACCCACUUCACCAGGACGUCUGCUCCUUCCCGCGCUAACUAUGGCAGGGGAGAGGAAAAAGAAGACCAACGAUCUAUCUGACCAACAACAACUCUUUCUGGCGCUCCGAGAGGGUCGGAUUAAGAAGACACGGAUCAUCCUUGAAGCGUCCGACGAACAACUGGACUCCGCUCGUAACGAGGAUGGACAUACUUUACUCAUUGCUGCCUGUCACAUCAAGGAUCCAUCAAGGAGGCUGCACAUGAUGGAGAUGCUGGUUGAACGUGAACCGGAAAUAAACCGUCGCGACCUGAGGGGCAGGACCGCACUCAGCCACGCUUGUGAAGUCGGAUGUUGUGACGUCAUCAACGUACUGAUCCGCCAUCACAGCGUCGAUCCAGAUGCCGUCGAUUUUAAAGGUGAUACACCUCUGAUCCAUGGAUCAAGGCAAGGCCAGCAUGAGGCCAUUACCCUUCUCUGCCAGACGUUCCGUCGCCUUGGGCUAAAGGUGGAUCACUUCAACGAUGAAGGUUUCUCUGCACUGCUUAUUGCAGCCCGUAAUGGUAACCUGGAGUGUUGUCGAGUUCUUGUAAACACCGGCAAGGCUUCUCUCGGCCUUCGAGACAAACAAACAAAUCUUCUCCCUAUUGAAUGGCUACAGCAACAGCAGUUUGACCAGGCCUCCAUUGAAUUCCUUCGACCGAAAAGGAAAUUCUUCCGCGUCGCUAAGCUGGCUACAUCUUUGGCAAAGGCCAAAUCAAUGUCUGUCUUUGACAAGAAGUUAAUACCGCCACCAGCAAGACCCUCGAGGUCGUUGGUUCCAAUCACCAGAAACGCAUCCAUCGAGAAGAAGUCUCAGUCAGUUUCUGGACACAGGGUCAAACCACAGCGACAGAGAUCUACAGAUGAUGACCCUUCUCGUCUUGGACGCAGGGGAUCACAGCUGACCGCUGAUGCUGUGUACAACUGCACCCCCUUUACGUCAUUACUUCAAGCCAACUCGCCAACCAAAGAGCAGGCACCGGAUAUACUGAAGAAAACCCUUCAAAGACGACCCAGCGACACCAAGCCCAAGGCUAAGCCUCGGAAACGCCGCACGAAUAAGCCACGCGGUAAACUUUCCACAGAGACUUCUCUGGAUGCGGAGAAAGACGGGAUUACGGGGAUGAAGAACCUUUCUGUUCAUCCUGACCCCAACCUCAAGGCCUCGUGUGAGAGUCUUUCUUCCGUGGUUACUUCUACGGACACCACCUCUUUGUCGGAUGAUGACACACCAGAACUGAAGGCAGAGUCCUGAGAAAUGGUCAAGCGUUACUAUGGAACAAGGUUUACCUUUGCCUCGCCUGAUUCUAUUGGUAUUGUGGCAGAUAUUGACCUCGUGUUUUUUUAAAUGCAUGGCAAUAAUGAACUGUUUAUCAUUUCGUUGACGAAUUUGAUUUAACUUACAAUGAUCGUCUUUUACAACCUGAAAACUCAAAGGACGUGACAUAACUUACAAUGUGUCAAUUUAUGCGGUCUGUUUCAUCAGUGAUUCAUCAAGUUUUUACCACCGACCUGCAAUUUACAAUGCAUUAUUCUCAUCUCAUGAUGGGAAUAUUUUACGAUGCAACUUUUGUGAAAGCAUCACAUGAUAUUAUGUGAGCACAGUCAGUACUGAUUCAGUAUAUUAUAUCCACUCAUUAUCGACUCUCGAACUAUGGUACUCACGAACUAUAGAUUAAUAUAGAUCUUAGUUUCGGUUUAGACGAAGUGUACUCUCCAUGUUACUAUAUAAUCAUAAACACGCUGGAAUCUAUCUCGAAUUUCAGAAACAGUAAGUACUUUUGCUCUUGUACGUAUAGGUUAGUUUUAGUGAGCAUUUAUAGCGAGGAAUGAAACAUUUCACUUUACAACUUUAUUACCAUUUUACUCUUUUAUGCAUUAAUAAGUGGAAUAAAUUUACAAUACUAUUCCCGAAACAUAUUGCACAGGAUUCAGGCUGUAUAUGAACAUAUUUCUCUUUUAUGCAUGAAUAAGUGGAAUAAAUCUACAAAACUAUUCCCCAAACAUAUUGCACAGGAUUCAGGCUGUAUAUGAACAUAUUUCUCUUUUAUGCAUG